CCAUCGUGAAUCCGCCCCGCCCACACACACACACACAUAUGCCUCCAGCUACCACUACUAUUACUGCCGGCCCUGCGGCCUGGACCGCCGUGUCCCAUAACACCGAGUCGUGCACGGCCGCAGCCAAUUUCCCUGCGUCGCCAUGAAUCGCGAGCCAUGCCGUCACGCCUGCCACCCUCACGGCCUGGCGCCAUUCCGCCCGUGGCGCCCGGGGGAACGACCAGAGAGCAAGAGGCUCAACUGCACCGUCGUCGUCGUCGUCGUCGUCGUCCGUCCGUCUUCGUGUCGGGAGCCAGGGGGGAUCUGCCGUCAUGCAGGAGGAUCUCUCAGACAGCCGCUCCCACUAAAACGGCCCUUGGCGAGAUGGCUGCCACCGCCCGGUUCACCUCUGCCCUCGCACAUUUGACAUUUGCCCCGACGUGCCCGACUCCUCGUCCAUGUUGCCGCCGUCCCGACGAUCAACUCAGCCGGCUUGUUACAGUUGCACUGCCUACCGGGCUCUAUUUCGCUUUCUGCUCGUCGUAUCUGCCCUCGCCUCAGGAAAUUUGUUUCCUGCCUAGCCUGCUUCAGAUCAAUGACCGUGAAUUGAUUGUCGCGCCUGGAACCCCGGCGGUCUGUUUCGAAAAAUGCCCAGCGAGUCCACGAGCGCCCCCCGUUUCGCCAAUGAGCGUUCAUGCGCCGCUUUUUAUUUUUUCUUUCGUUGCCUCUGCAUGUCGCUCAUCAUGCUCAUGCGUGCGCCCGUACUGGAUUUGCUGCCCACCCCAUGACCGUGAUGCCCGCGCUCGCUCUCACAUCCCCCAGCCUAGGGGGGGCGAGCGUAUAUGUGCUCUGCUCUAUCGCCAUGCUUGAACGUGCUGAACGUGCUGGCCGCGAAGCGACAUGAGGAUUGCCCUCUCGCCCUGUGUCCCGGAGCCUGUGCAAAAGCGGGUCGCCGUUCCAGCCGGGACGUCUUCAAACACGACGCCUCCCAGCUGUGCGGCCCGCCGUCCGUAUAUACCGUCUGUUAGUAGAGUGGGAAAUGGUUUAGUGUUUGUUUCUAGAUAUAAUAGGCACUACAGCACCGCAUUCUCCUGGUCGUCAUU